UUUUGCAUAGGAUAGUGCACAAAUUAUACAAACGAUAAGUACAGUUGGUUAAAUUAGCAAAUAAUGAUUUUGAGUAUGGACAAUUUAGUCAUAUAAUUUUGUAAUAAUUGCAGGAAAUUGGGAGGGAAAGUGGAUCCUAGGGUGGGUGGGGGAGCACCAGUUUCCUCCUCUUUUUCCAUUCCUUUGGGAAUCAUUUUCCCUUCCUUGGCCAUCUGAAAUCCAGGAAAGAAAUUUCCCAAUACCAUGAUUCCGCAAAACUAUGAACUGGCCUCAAAGCUUUCCCACUAUGAACUAGUUUACAAACUAGCGAGCUUUAUGGCCUAUAAUCUAUGAGGAGAUUGGUCUUCUGAGUCUAGGAUAGCGAGCUCCUCCAUAUAAUUGACUCUAAAUUUCUUGCAGUAGUCUAUACGUUUUAUUUAUUUAUUUAUUUUUUGAUGAAGUAGUCUAUACGUUGAUCCAUGACUAAUUUCAGUCCCUUGUAUAAAUGCGCUUCAGAUGUCCACUGAGUAAUCAUAAGUGAGCUUUGCUUGAGGCUUGGAGAGUGAUACUUGCUGCUUUACCACCGUUUCAUAUCGAUCUGUGCACGCCAGUAUGUGUACACAAUUUGUUCAAUUUGGAACCAUAUCUAUCCCACAACAUGUACCACCUCCUGGGAUUCAAUUACCCACCGCAAAGGGUGAUCCAGGAACUGGUGGGCUAGAGAACCAAUCUUCAAAUUUCACCACCAUCGACAUUUUGGCAGAUCUACCUAAAUCUAGGACGCCUUCACUUCAUCUACUGGAACACAAAAAUAGAGAUCUAUACCUUAUGAAAUGCGUGCCUCUCUAUAAGUAUGCACUAAAAGGUGAUUGGGAAGCUGCUGAACAAAUCUUGAAAAAAGAUCGAACACUUUUGAGUGCUAGCAUAUCAAGAGGGUGGGACACUGUUCUUCAUAUUGCAGCAGGAGCAAGACAUGUUCACUUUGUGGAGAAACUGGUUGAAAUCAUGGACAAAGAACACUUGGCACUCCAAGACAUAAAUGGAAACACUGCGUUAUGUAUUGCUGCCGCGGCAGGAUCAGUAGACAUUGUCCAAAUUUUGAUAAAACAUAAUGAUUCCUUGCUGACAAUUCGAGGAGGUCAGAAAAUGACACCACCCUAUAUGGCUGCUGUGUUAGGACAGUCAGAAAUGGCAUGGUACCUGUACCCUAAAAGUAAAAAGAUGAUGGAGAAGACAGACCUUGAGAACUUGUUUUUUUCGUGCAUCAACAAUGGUUUAUAUGAUUUAGCUUUACAGUUGCUAGAUACUGAUAGAGCAUUAGCCAAGGCACGUACUAAUCGGCCGAAAAAUAAAACCGCCCUACAUAUCUUGGCUCGAAGGCCUUCAGUAUUUGGGAGUCAAAGUCCAGGAAUGUGGGGUAGACUCAUGAAAUCAUUCCUCCCAGGUUUUAAGUAUGCAUUCAAAAGAAAUUUAAAUCAAGCUGAUAAAGCACUUCACCUAGUCCAACGCCUUUGGGAAGAAAUUUUGAAAGACGAGCAUGAUGACGUGAUGAGGUUGAUCAAAUAUCCCUCUAAUUUAAUAUUUGAUGCAACAGAAUUAGGGAAUUAUGAGUUCCUGGCAGCGCUUAUGAGCUCUUAUCCUGAGUUAGUAUGGGAAACUGAUGAAAAAAAUCGAACUAUAAUCCAUGUUGCAGUUUUGCAUCGUCAUGCAAGUAUCUUCAAUCUAGUGCAUGAGAUAGGCUCAAUCAAGGAUGUCAUAGUGACUUACGAGGAUGAUCAGGGUAAUAAUAUAGUGCAUAUGGUUGCAAAAGCAGCACCUCAAAACCAACUGAAUUUGAUGUCGGGCGUAGCUCUUCAAAUGCAGCGAGAGUUAGUAUGGUUUGAGGAAAUAAAGAAGAUUGUGCAACCUCAAUAUAUAGAGAUGGAAAACAAGAAAGGAAAAACACCUCAAGAAUUAUUCACUGAAGAGCAUAAGACGUUAACGCGUCAAGGAGAAAAAUGGAUGAAGGACACUGCAACUUCAUGCUUGCUUGUUGCCACUAUUAUUGCAACUGUUGUGUUUUCAGCUGCAUUUAGUAUACCAGGUGGCGCAGAUGAUCAUACUGGCAAGCCAAACUUUUUGAAAGAGAAAGCUUUUUUAUACUUUAUCAUAGCCGACGGAGUGGCACUCUUUUCCUCUUCAACUGCAAUGCUGAUGUUCUUGUUCAUCCUUACCUCUCGGUAUGCAGAAAAUGAUUUCCUCAAGUCCUUGCCCUUGAAGUUGAUGGUAGGACUCACUUGCCUCUUCAUCUCAAUAGCAUCUAUGAUGAUGGCUUUCAGCACCGCCUUUUAUUUGUCUUGUCAAUAUGGAUCAAGAUGGGUUCCAAAUCUUACAUUUUUCUUUGCAAUUGUGCCUGUUGCUUUAUAUGCAUUUCUACAAUUCCCUCUUGUGUUUGAUAUGUCCUCCUCCACAUUUUGUUCAAGUCUUUUAUUUCAGCCAUGGAAACAAAUGAUAUACUAGAUAGUCGGGCUUAAAUGCUCUACAUAUUCUACAUAGUUAAACCUUUGGUCCCUAGCUCUACAAUAAUGAAGUUAUUUAUUCCAACUAGAAUGAAGUUGUAAUUACAAAUUGAUCAUCUAUGCUAAACAUU